AUGCUCGCCCGAGGUUUCGCCCCGUCCGUCGCCCCGCUCACGCGCUCAAAACGUCGCGCGCACGCGCGCGCGCGCAUCGUGCGUACUCGGGCAUUCUCGCUAGUCCCAAAGACGCCCAAAGAUGCCAUCGCGCGUCACCGCGCCGUUCUCCUGCCUCUCUUCACCCUCGGUGCCGCUCUGCACGCGCCUGAUCUCCUCGGCCGGGGAAUCGUUUCGCACGCGUGCGAUGCUACGUCGUUCGCGACGUUGACGCCGUUCGGUCGAGGCGUGACGGCGCUGUGGGUGUUCGGAGGCGGCGCAACGGCGGCGGCGCUCGCGAGCGGGACGGUCUGGGCGGACGUCGGCGUGUUGACGAUUGCGUUGGUAGAGAUCGCGAGUGGGACGGCGUUCAGUGAAGCUAUCGCACCGGUGGAAAUGCCGACUCCGAUUGUCAUCGCGCAGUGCGUCAACGUGGCCGCAGUCGUCGGUUUCAGGUCGUGGGAGCGGGUAGAGGCGGACUCGACGGGCGCGGAGGCGAGGUGA